UAUAUACAUAAGUAUAUAUAUAUAUAUAUACAGAUAUAUAUAUAUAUUGUGCAUAUAAACUCGCCAGAGUCAGAAUGCCCGAUAACAGCAACAAAUUCUGCGAAUCGAACGAUAUACUCGUCCAUAUACCCAGCUGGAUCAAUGGCCCGUACUUUAAGAAGCUACUUAAGCGUGAACUCAAAGAUUUUCGCAAAAUAUUGAAUCUCUCGAUAAUACCGGCCUCGCCGCCGGGCGACUGUGACAGCUACACAUCGUUGCUAAUGCGCAUUAUCAUCGACAUUGAAAUGAAAGAUGGCUUCACACAGCAAAAGUCGUAUAUUAUGAAGACUAUGCUGGCCGAUGCGCAGGGCAUAGGCUUCAUCAAUACCCUGAACAUCUUUCCCAAGGAGAAGCAAAUGUAUGAGCUGAUCAUACCGCAGCUGGAGCAGCUCUAUCAGGAGCAGGGCAGAACUGUCAAGUUCGCGCCCAAAUGCCAUUGGGCAGAGGAUGUGAAUGGGCGCAUCUCUCUGGUGCUGGACGAUAUGAAGACCAAAAAGUUUGGCAACAUAAAUCGACUCAAAGGUUUCAAUAUGAAGCAAAUGCAACGUGUGCUACAGAAACUGGCUGAAUUCCAUGCGGCCAGUGCUGUUUGGCAUCAGCGGAAUGGCGCCUAUCCGGAGGACUUUCAGCGUGUCUAUUUGCCUGCCAACUAUCACAAAUCCAAGUCGUAUCAGGCGCGCAUACAGAGCUUCAAGACGGCCAUGGCUUCCUGGGGUUUCAGCAAUCCCGAGCAGUAUACGAGUCGUAUUCCCACAGCUGAUCAAUUUGUACAAUCUGCAGCGCGCUGCUUCAACAACGAUCCGCAGGAAUUCAAUGUGCUUAAUCAUGGUGAUUUCUGGUCUGGAAAUAUUUUACUAAAUAACCCGUUGUCCAGUGAUAUCAAUGAGUUGUGCUUCGUCGAUUUUCAACGCUGCAAAUGGGGUAGUCCCGCUCAAGAUCUCUGGGAACUGAUCCUCUGUUCAUCGCACCACAGUCUGAGAAUCAAACAAUUCGAUUAUUUUAUCAGAAUAUAUCAUACGCAUCUGAUACAGUGCCUGAAGCUAUUGAACUAUACCAAACCGCUGCCAUUGCUCAGAGAUCUGCACAUGAGCAUGAUCAAGCAUGGUUUCUGGGGCUACUUUACCACCUUUAUGCAUCUGGUGCUUAUUCUCCUACCAGUGGACAGCGGUGGAAGCCUACCGAAACUAAUGCUACCCGGCGAGGAGGGGGAUCGCUUUCGUUCCAAAAUCUAUACAAAUCCAUUGUAUGUUCGUGCCGGCCUGAGCAUAUUUCCGUUUCUGCAUAGGCGUGGCCUUUUAGAGUUUUAAGCAAGUAUUUUGUUGUACUUAGCCCACUGUAGACGAAUUUCCCCUAUCUGUAAAUAGAAGUCACGUUGGUUAUCUUGAA